AUGGCUGAUGAUAAUCCUGCAGAAGCUUCAGCUGCAAAGCCUGAAGCCAAGCCCGUCAAUUGCCAUAUCUGCAACAAAUCGUUUCCCCACAAAGGCUCACUCAGGCGUCAUCGGCAGAGCAAGCAUCCUGUCAAAAAAGAAGAAGCAGACGCGUCUGGGACAGGACAAGAUGGCGAAGCGGCCAGCACUUUUGAUUGCGAGCUUUGCAAGCAGUCAUUUCCACGUCAAUCUUCAUUGACACAGCAUCAACGGAGCAAGCAUGGCCCUCCGAAGCCUGAAGCCCCAGCUACUUCUGCCACACAAGCUCAAGCUGCGGAGCCUAAGCCAGAAGCCUCUGCUGCGAAUGAAGCAUCUACUUCUGCCAAACAAGAAGAUACGAACCAAGGUGAUAAAGGCCAGGAAAGUAAGACCACUUGUUCAAUUUGCAACAGGUCUUUCAGCCAUCGAGGUGCGCUGUACCAGCACAAGAGAACCAAGCAUCGCACUAUCAAAACGGAUGUCGAGACUCCUACCAAGGAAGAGUAUAAGGCUCCAGAUGACGAAGAAAAGACAAUCAAGUGCGAUGUUUGCGACAAGUUGUUCACCAGCCGAAAUUCACUCCGAAGGCAUCUAAAGAGCAAACAUGCUUCAGAUAAGAAAGGUAAGGGCCCAGCAAAGAGUUCAGAACAAGGUGGCAAGGCAGCCGGCUCCUCAAAGCCAGUGCAUGCGACACUGAAGGAGCGACAUAUUGCUGGUUCUCAGAGGUUCAAAUGCCCAUGUUGCAAUGAGAACUUUCCUUCUGAGGACACGCUUAUGAAGCAUCAAGCAGAACAGCGUCUCGAAGCGAUGAGAAAGGUUAUGGAGAACAUGGCGCUGGCUGCUUCUGGCAUGAGAGUGUCUAAUGGCCAAGAUGGCUCGGAUGAGGAGAGUGAGGAGCAGGAGCCUGCCGAAGAGACCGCGACAGAAGAGAAGAAAGCCUCAAACAUGCAUCAAUGCACGCUUUGUGACAAGAGCUUCCGUUUCAAAUCAGCCCUCGUGCAGCAUGGACUUAUCAAGCAUGCAGUGGCAGACGACACUGUUGCAGAGAGCUCAGGUCAAGGAGCAAACGCGACUGCUGCAGGUAAGAAGGCAGAAAAUGUUGACGGGGAUGAAGAUGAGGAUAAGCCCUAUUGCCAGACCUGCCAAAAGACAUUCCGCCACGCUAAAGGACUUGCGGAUCAUAAACUCAACAAACACGGCAUCGUCGAAACCGAACCCACAAACUCAAAGCAAGGUGUGCCUGAAAACCCAACUUUUAGAUGCAGACCUUGUAAUAAGACCUUCCGUCUUGCGUCUGCACUUCGUCAGCAUCAGCGUGACAGUCAUCCCGAGAUGCAUGGACCGAGAUAUUCAGAGGAUGAUAUAAUGAGACAACUACUGCGAAUGGCAGUCCCACCAUUUGGCGAUGAUGGCGAUGAUGAUGACUAUGAGGAUGAGGAUUACGAAGACAAUGAAGACGAAGAUGACCCUUUCUCAUACCCUGGCCGCAGAGGACACCCGUUCGACUUCCCGGCUGGUAUUCAACCUGGUGAUAUAUACGACUCGGAUGACCCGGACUUUGGCUAUCCUGGUUUUUCUGAUGACGAUGGCGAUGAAGAUGAUUCCGACAUUGAUAUGGACAAUGAACGAGGUCCACCAACGCUCUGCACACACUGCAAUGGAUAUUUCCCGCAGAUGUUACUGGUAGCACAUCAGUGGCAUGUUCACGGUAUCAGCCACCCAGCUGUCGUCGACGUCCAAGCCAAGAUCGCAAAGGACGAUUCAUACGGCCCCAAACGCACCGUCUGCAAAGGAUAUCCUGAUCCCCAAAAUUUUCCCUUUUUCUUUGAAGCCAAGUAUUUCUUGCGAGAUUGCAAGUACAAGAACUGUGGACAGGAUUUCGAAACCGGCACGGAACGUAUCAACCAUGAGGUGGAAGCUCAUAAUCGCUGCAUUACGUGUGAGAUGUACUUUCAGACCCCGUCUGCUCUCGAGAAACAUCAGUCCAAGUCGAAAGUCGUCGAUACCGUCGUCAGAGAUUUCGACCACUGGCUUGAGUUCGCCGUCCCCGCACAAGUACACCACGAGAAGCAGAAAGAAAAGGCAGCUCGUAAUUCCAACCCCAACAAGAAUAUCGACUGCAUCACCUGCGAUCGCAAGUUCGAAAAAGCAUCCACAAUGAUGAAGCAUGUCGAAAGAGGCAGAUGUAUCCCUGAUGUUAAUGAGAUAGAUAUCUUUGCCGUCGGUCAGACGUUGGCUAACCGGGGAGCUCCCUGUGUUAGGUCGGGAGGAUUCUUUUGCCCGAUUUGUGACAAAUCGUAUAUGGUGCUGAGUGAGCUUAUUCAACAUGCGGAGGGAGAUGAGUGUAAUUUGAAUGUUCUGAGUGGGCCAUUGCGGGAGUUGAUCUCGUUGGUGAUGAUGGAUUUUAUGAGUAUGAUGAUGGGUCAUGCUUUCUGA